CACAAAUAUCAAACCCUUGAAAACCCCCUCCGCAGUCCUUCGGUCCUCUCCUGCACAACACCGCAUCCGCAUCCACAACCGCAGCCAUGAAGCUCCUCUACAUCGGUAUUCUGAAGAACGAAGAGAAGCCCGCAGUCGAACUAUGCGUGGAACGUGAACUCUCCUCCUUCUCCCGCUUCACCCGCGGCUCCGUCGGCGAAUUCAUGACCGUCUUCUCCAAGACCGUGGCAGAGAGGACUAAGGCAGGCCAACGGCAGGAUGUCGAGGAGCAGUCAUACACAUUCCACUCAUAUGCCCGGUCUGAGGGUGUAUGUGGCAUCAUAAUCUCCGAUCACGAAUACCCAAAGAUGGUUGCACAUCAAUUGCUGUCCAAGAUCUUGGAUGAGUUCUUGUCGCGCUACCCCAGAAGUGCUUGGGCGAACUCGAACAGCGAGGUGCCAUUUCCACAAUUGAAGGAGUACAUUACCAAGUAUCAAGAUCCGCAGGCGGCUGAUAGCAUCAUGAAGAUCCAGAAAGAACUCGACGAGACUAAGAUUGUCCUCCACAAGACCAUUGAGUCGGUGUUAGAGCGAGGCGAGAAGAUUGACAGCUUAGUCGCGAAAUCAGAUGGCCUGAGCGCACAGAGCAAGAUGUUUUAUACCCAGGCCAAGAAGCAGAACAGCUGCUGUGUGCUCAUGUAAUUGGGAUAUGGAAAGAGCGAGCAUUUGUAAGGAGUCGCGGCGUUAGACCUGGGAAUGACGACUUGGUAAUCACAGGCAUGAUUGUAGCUCGUGCCGGAGCUCGUGAUAGAAGAUGAACAUG